UACAUUCUAGCCUUUUGUUUGCAAACUAGAUUCACCGAGUUGGGGAGAAUGUAAUAUAUGUUUAUACAUAAUGUAGUGCAUUCCUUAAAUGUAUAUGAGAUUAGUGUAGUGCAUUAAAUAGCCUGGUGGACUUUAUUUUGAACCAGUGUAAAUUGCUCUUUUUUUUGAAGUCGCACUAAUAGUUUAUCAGGCACCUUAAUGUGUCUGUUAUAUGUAAUAAUGUAGACUGAUCAGUAUAAACGGUGGUUUUUAUUGCUUCAGCUUAACAUUGUGUCGCUUCAGAUAGUGUGUAUAUUUUUGCGCUGUGCAAGCUUUUCUUUGUUUUUAUAUUUGACCGGAGAGUAACAUCACGCUAUCAACAUGAAGUGGCAAUUCAAGGUGGAUCACACAUACGAGCAUCGUUGCAACGAGUCUUCUAAAAUCAUCACGAAGUAUCCAAGCCGUAUCCCUGUGAUUGUGGAAAAAGCGGAAGGUUCCACCAUCCAGGACAUUGAUAAGAGAAAGUAUCUUGUCCCAGCUGAUAUCUCGGUUGCUCAAUUCAUGUGGAUCAUCAGGAAACGUAUUGACCUUUCUCCUGAGAAAGCAAUCUUUCUCUUUGUUGAUAAAGUUGUCCCAAACUCAUGCUCCACCAUGGGAGCAAUCUACGCAGAACACAAAGAUGAAGAUGGUUUCCUUUACAUCGCUUACAGCGGUGAAAACACGUUCGGUUCAUGCUAAGCAUGGUUCAACACUCACUGUUUAUUGUUGGGAUAUUAAAAACUAUAUUUUCACAAAUUGUUAUCCGGAACUUUUGUUUUACUUUUAUUGGUUGUACGUCAUUCCGAGGCAUACAGACAUGGCUAUUGCAUGGUAGACUUAAAGCAUAUUAAAAAUGUUGUAACUUUGUGUAAUAUGUGCAUUACUUUGUUGUAUUUUCUGAUGUUUUCGUAAUCUGUUAUUUUUUCGAUGUUUUUAUUGUGGCAUAUCAGUUUUCUUUUCUAAAAAAUUAAAUUGUAGUUUGUCUUCUACUGAUGCUUUGCACUUACAGAAUAUAAAACAUUUUUUGGGCCUAAUAUUUGGUUUUACACAAACAGUUUAAACAAGCAAGCAUACUUUCUUGCCGCAUUUGGUUACAGAAAAUUUCAGUUACUUUACUAGUUUACCGACUAAGUUUCAUUUUCAAGUGUUAAUCAUUUUCUGUCUAAAUAUAUUCUUAAAGUUUUAUGUUGUUUUCUUGUGUAUGUUUUUCUUUCUCUGUAUAUGUAUUAUAGUUAAAUUUGUACUGGCUAUUAGAGUAAACUAAACAAAAAAUGGUGUAAUCCAGGCAUAUUGUAUAUUUUGGUAAAUUUAACUAUAGAGAUCAGAUGAAAGGAACAUAUAAUAUUGCUUGCUUAAAAAAAACAUACGUGUUUUAUAACAUAGA